AUGACGUCCGCGCGCGAGGUCGCGCGCGCGCGCCUCGCGCGCCUCGCGCGCGUCGUCCGCGCGCCCGCGCGCGACGUCGUCGUCUUCGGCGGCGUCGUCGUCGACGUGCACGCGCGCGCGCGCGGCGCGACGGCGCGCGGGACGAGCGCGCGCGGUCGCGUCGACCGCGGCGUCGGCGGCGUCGGUCUGAACGUCGCGUGCGCGUGCGCGGCGACGAGCGCGGCGCGCGUCAGGCUGGUGAGCGCGUGCGGAGACGACGCGGACGGCGCGAGCGUCCGCGAGGCGUGGCGCGCGCGCGCGAGAGGGAGGGACGACGGGGCGGGGGUGCGCGCGCGCGCGGGCGCGAGGACGGGGCGCGUCGUCGCGGUGACGGACGAAAGCGGCGAGAUCGUGGCGAGCGUCGCGGACGUGGACGUCGUGGAGCGAGACGUGGACGAAGAGUGGUGCGAAAAGUACGCGAGCGACGCGAGGGGGGCGCGAGUGGUGGUGAUCGAUGGGAAUCUGUCGGCGCGGGGGAUUCGAGCGGCGCGGCGCGCGGCGGCGACGACGGCGACGUGGUUCGAACCGGUUUCGGUGGCGAAGGCGGUGAGGAUCGUGGAGAGCGGUGAUGCGGGGAGACCGAUGGUGGGCGUGAGGUGGUGCUCGCCGAACGCGGCGGAGCUUCGCGAGCUGGCGAAUGCGGUGCGGAGAAGUUGGGCGAAGGGCUCGCCGAUGUCGCCGUGUCCGUUCAAUCCAGAGCUCGAGUUCGACGCGGCGAACGAUGCGCUCGAUGCGUUGGCGAGCGACAUAGCCACGGUGCUCGCCGCCGGGUGCGAGCGCGUCGUGCUCACGCUCGGGUCGCUGGGCGUGAUCGUCUCCUCCGCACCGGACGGCGACGCGUCGAACGCCGAGCACGCGCACGUGCCCGCUUUCGCGGUGAAGAGCGCGGCGUCGCUCAUCGGCGCGGGCGACGCAUUGGUCGGUGGCGCGGUCGGCGCGCUCGCGCGAGGCGUCGAUGAGAUGCGCGCCAUCGCGAUAGGAGUCGCGUGCGCUUCGAUGGCGUGCGAACGACGCGAAGCGGCGCUGUUCGACGUCGACGCGAGAGAGAUUGACAGGCGGGCGGCGAUCGUUUUCGACGGCAUCACACCCAUAAAAGCCGCCGUGCAAUAG